AUGUUGUAGAAUAAGAACAACAACACUACUCCUACUGCAAAGUUUGGUGAGUUGUGUAAUUUUGUUUGUUCAUCUUGUGUUGUUCACUGUUCUUUCCCAGACCCACCUCAAAGUUGAACGCAGCCAUGGGUUUUUUCUUGAAAUGGGUCAACUUGUUUGUCUUUUUUCAUUUCCUUGCUGCAACACCCAUCUUCUCAGAUUCCUCAUCCAGCUCAAAUGCAAUCGCCACCACCAAGUUCCUUGAUUUAGCCAAGGAUCCUCGGGUUUUUGAUUGGAUGGUUGGUAUCAGGAGGAAGAUUCAUGAGAAUCCAGAACUGGGUUAUGAGGAAUUUGAGACCAGUAAGCUGAUUAGAGCUGAAUUGGAUAAACUGGGCAUCUCAUAUAAACACCCAGUUGCAGUCACGGGUGUUGUUGGCUUCAUAGGGACUGGACUUCCUCCUUUUGUUGCAUUAAGAGCUGACAUGGAUGCUCUUCCUAUGCAGGAAAUGGUGGAGUGGGAGCACAAGAGUAAAGUACCUGGAAAGAUGCAUGCAUGCGGUCAUGAUGCUCAUGUUGCCAUGCUUCUUGGUGCUGCAAAGAUCCUCAAAGAGCAUGAAAAUGAGAUACGAGGAACUGUUGUUCUUGUUUUUCAACCAGCAGAAGAAGGAGGUGGAGGGGCUAAGAAAAUUUUAGAUGCUGGAGUCUUGGAAAACAUCUCUGCCAUAUUCGGAUUGCAUAUUGCACCUACCUAUCCUAUAGGUGAAGUGGCCUCUAGGUCGGGUCCCAUAUUUGCAGGAAGCGGCUUCUUUGAAGCAACAAUAAAUGGCAGGGGAGGCCAUGCUGCUAUCCCUCAGCACUCUAUAGACCCAAUAUUGGCAGCUUCCAAUGUGAUUGUUAGUUUACAGCAUAUUGUUUCUCGCGAGGCCGAUCCUCUGGACUCCCAGGUCGUCACUGUAGGAAAAUUUCAGGGAGGUGGUGCUUUCAAUGUUAUUCCAGACUCUGUUGCAAUUGGUGGCACCUUCCGAGCUUUUUCAAAAGAAAGCUUCAUGCAACUGAGACAGCGGAUUGAACAGGUUAUCACUGGGCAAGCUGCAGUGCAGAGAUGCAAUGCAACGGUCAACUUUCUUGACGACGAGAAACCUUUCUUCCCUCCUACAGUAAACAAUGGUGACUUGCAUGAGUACUUUAAAAGUGUUGCUGGGAGUUUGCUUGGCGUCAAUAAUGUUAAGGACAUGCAACCAUUGAUGGGAUCUGAGGACUUUGCAUUCUAUCAAGAGGUUUUUCCGGGAUACUUCUUCCUCCUUGGAAUGGAGAAUGUCUCUAUUGAACAUCUUGAAUCUCCACACUCUCCAUAUUUCAAAAUCAAUGAGGACGCACUUCCUUAUGGAGCUGCACUUCAUGCAUCAUUAGCUAGUAGCUAUCUUCUCAAAUUAAAUCAGGACAUACCAGUAGUGGAGGGGAAACAUCACGAUGAAUUAUAGUUUACAACGCAGAUUGUUGAAAGCCCUUGUUGGGUUAUUUGUAGGUGCAAUCACGUCGUAGUGAGGCAUUGGUUGGUUACAUCCUUAGUGCUAAAUGUAUUGCAUUCAAAUUAAAAUAAAUCCAUAGUGCUUCCACAUUAUAAUCAUUAACCCUGUUUAUCUAGGGUACAAAUCAAAUGGGAAAGAACAGACAACUUUUUAUUUUGAUAGUAUUUUCUACAAUUUCAAAGUCA